AUGGUUAGAUUAGGUCCAAAGCCACCCCAGCACAGAAAAGGCACCUUCACUGAUGUGCCAGAAGAGCUCAUUGAGCAGUUGCGCCACUUUGAGCAGAUCCUCACCGUUUCGCCAGAAAAGUUGAGACAAAUCACCGACCACUUUAUCGGCGAGUUGAACAAAGGCUUGUCGAAGAAAGGAGGUAACAUUCCUAUGAUUCCAGGUUGGGUGCUUGACUUCCCAACCGGAGACGAGACCGGUGACUACUUGGCGAUCGACUUGGGUGGAACCAACUUGAGAGUUGUUUUGGUCAAGUUGAUGGGUAACCACAAGUUCGACACCACCCAGUCCAAGUUCGCUUUGCCCAAGCACCUCAGAACAGGCACCUCCGAACAGUUGUGGAGCUUCAUUGCCGAGUGCUUGCAGAAGUUCAUUGAGGAGUUCUACCCAGAUGGUGUCAGUGCCCCAUUGCCAUUGGGUUUCACCUUCUCGUACCCAGCCUCGCAAGACAACAUCACCGAGGGUAUUUUGCAAAGAUGGACCAAGGGCUUUGACAUUGAGGGAGUUGAAGGCAAGGACGUUGUUCCUAUGUUGCAAGGUGCCAUCCAAAAGUUGAACGUGCCAGUCAAGGUUGUGGCCUUGAUUAACGACACCACCGGUACUCUUGUUGCUUCCAUGUACACCGAUGCCGAGACCAAGAUGGGUCUUAUCUUUGGUACCGGUGUCAACGGUGCCUACUACGAUGUUUGCGGCGACAUUCCAAAGUUGGAAGGCAGAUUGUGCGACGACGUGACCCCAGAAACGCCAAUGGCCAUCAACUGCGAGUACGGUUCCUUCGACAACGAGCACUUGGUGUUGCCAAGAACCGAGUACGAUCUUGUCAUUGACAAGGAGUCUCCUAGACCAGGCCAGCAGUCUUUCGAGAAGAUGAUCUCGGGCUACUACUUGGGUGAGGUGUUGCGUCUCAUUUUGCUCGACUUGCACAAGAAGGGCUUGGUUUUGAAGAACCAGGACUUGUCCAAGUUGGACGAGGCUUACGUCAUGGACGCCUCCUACCCAUCUAGAAUCGAACAGGACCCAUUCGAGAACUUGUCCGACGUGCAAGACUUGUUCCGCGACAACUUGGGCAUCGAAACCACCAUUGCCGAAAGAAAAUUCAUCCGUAAGUUGGCUGAGUUGAUUGGUGAGAGAUCCGCCAGAUUGUCUGUGUGUGGUAUUGCUGCCAUCUGUAAAAAGAGAGGCUACAAGACUGCCCACUGUGCAGCUGAUGGUUCUGUCUACCAGAAGUACCCUGGCUUCAAGGAGAGAGCAGCCAAGGGUUUGAGAGACAUUUUCGGCUGGGCCGACAAUGAGGAAGACCCGAUCGUGAUUGUUCCUGCUGAGGAUGGUUCUGGUGUCGGUGCUGCUGUCAUUGCUGCCUUGACAGAAAAGAGAUUGGAUGCUGGCAAGUCUGUCGGUGUCAAGCAAUAA